CAGGACAAACUAUAUAAGUAACCACUAGCUUCUGUUCUAUAUACUAAUCUAUCACAUAUUUACAUUAUUGAUGAUCAUAGUAACAUUAUGUACUGAUAUAGGUAUUUAGCGGGGUAUUUAGUAUUUUGCUUUAUUCGUCUUAGUUCUCGACGCGAUAAACAUUCAUACCAAAAUUAAACAUGAAUAGCGGCAUGCUAUAUGGUGGAGACGAAAUUGGGGCUUUGGUGUUCGACUUGGGGUCGCAAUCAUUUCGAAUCGGUUAUGCCCAAGAAGACACACCAAAAGCAGAAAUACCAGCAGUGGUCGGUGUCUCGAGCGAUGGUACAGCGGACACUAGUAUGUUAGAACCUGGUGCUAAACAAAGCAAUCGCAUCAACGAAAACACCAAACAUUUCAUCGACGUUAACUCAUUGUGUGUCCCUCGGAAAGGUAUGGAAGUUGUAAGCUAUAUGAAAGACGGCAUGAUCGACGAUUGGGAUUUGUUUGAGAAAAUAUUGGAUUACUCUUACUCAAAAUGCUUACAAACAGAAUCACAGUAUCAUCCGGUAUUAUUUACCGAGUCACCAUUGAAUAUCAGAUCUAAAAGAGAGAAAUUGGUAGAAUUAAUGUUUGAAAAGUAUAAUGUACCGGCCACUUUUCUGGGAAAAAAUGCUGUAUUAGCUGCAUUUUCUUGUGGUCGUUCGACCGGUAUUGUGGUAGACAGUGGAGCAACACAUACUUCAGCCAUCCCUGUACAUGAUGGUUAUGUUAUACCUAGUGCUAUUGUCAAAUCGCCUUUAGGUGGAGACUUCAUUAGUAUGCAAUGUAGACAGUUCCUAAAAGAUAAUGAAAUUGAAGUAGUUCCACAUUAUAUGGUUGCACAGAAAGAACAGGUUAAAGAAAAAGAUAAGCCAGUAUGGACAAAGAAACAUACACUCCCUGAAGUAACAACUUCGUGGCAUAAUUAUAUGUGCAAAGCAGUUAUUCAAGACUUAAAGCAUUCUAUAUUGCAAGUAUCUGAAGGUCCAUAUGAUGAGAGAAUAAUAUCAGCUCUUCCGACUUCUCAUUUUGAGUUUCCUAAUGGCUACAAUCAAGAAUUUGGCAAUGAAAGAUUCAAAAUACCAGAAGCUUUAUUUGAUCCAAGUGCUAGUAUGGGUGGUUCUAUGUUGGGCGUGAGUCAUAUCGUUACCACAAGUGUUGGAAUGUGUGAUGUGGAUGUAAGACCAGCCUUAUACAAUAACGUUAUUGUCACUGGAGGAAAUUCGUUUUUACAAGGUUUUCCCGAAAGAUUAAACCGAGAUCUUUCUGCUCGUAUACCAGCUAGCAUGAGGUUGAAAUUGAUAGCACCUAAUGGAUCCACUGAAAGAAGAUUUGGUGCUUGGAUUGGUGGUUCAAUAUUAGCAUCUAUUGGAACUUUUCAACAAAUGUGGAUUAGUCAUCAAGAAUUCAAAGAAGGAGGUAAAAGUCAAAUUGAUCGCAAGUGCCCAUAAUAGAUUAUUAUUUAUUAUUUUAUGUAACACAAAUUUCAUAUACAACCAAUUUUCUACAUUUACUUGUAAUUUUGUAGUAAGUAUUUUAUACUUUCUUUUAUAUAUAAUAUUGGAUGUCUUAUUUGACGAUUACACUAUUUUUAAGUUAAUUAUGAAAAGAAAAUAGAAUCUAAAUCUAAUGUUUAGAUCCAAAGACCUCAUCUGAUGUGUUAACAAAAAAAAAAAUGUAUGAGUUGUAAUAUUUUUUUUUCAUAAUGUGUGUUACAUGUGUAUAUAAUAUGUAUAAUAUAUAUUAAAUAAAUAAUGUUCAAAAUCAAAAUCGUUACGGAGAUACAUCAUAGGUGCCCAAUUUUCAAGAUAACAAAUAUAUUUUAAUUUUUAUUAAUUUAUUAGACUUA